UUACUGUCAGGAUCUUUGCCCACAACUAGUGACGGCAUUGUUGAAAGAAAAGUAUGCAAGGUCGGAUUUUCAUCUUGUUGUUCAAAGGAGUAUGAUGUCCAGAUCAAGCACUGCGGAACAUUCCACGCUUAUUGUCUGGGGGCUCUCGAUUCCUGUUCCGAACGAUAUUGUUUUGGAAAACAAGGAUUAUGUGAAUACCCAACUGCUAGUACAACGUCGACCACAACAACAUCAAAACCAACUACGGUCAGCCCACCAACAACAUGCUCUGAGGAUCCUUGCAUAGAAAGCAACCUCCAAACAUUGACACAGACUGAAUAUCGAUCCAUGAAUUGUGGAUACAAACAAGGACGGGGGUACUGUGACGAUCACCUGACAGCUGGAUGGUAUAAAGCUGACUCUCCUAUAAUGAAUCAGUGUCCAAAGCUUUUAAGCUGUGGAUCAAUUUACCCUGUAUGGAUGAAUGGAAGUGUCCCCAACAUUGGCGAUGGAGUUGUUACAAGACAGGCAUGCCAAAGAGGUUUCCACAGCUGUUGUUCUAAAUCGUAUGACAUCAAAGUAAAGAACUGUGGCAAAUACACUGCGUACUGUCUAAAGGGAUUGGAUACUUGCCCUUCGCGGUAUUGCUUCGGUGACCAACCAUGUGGAGAUGAUAAGAGAAAAUCAGAUUCAGAUGGUAAAACAAACUUUGAUAAACAAUGA